CCCGACUCCGAAGCGGCGCAGCACCGGCCCCUCUGCCGCGGUACGGCCCGGGGCAGCCCGGUACGGCCCCGCUUCGGCUCGGGACAGCCCGGUUCAGCCCGCCCGAUCCAGCUGGGUCCCGCCCGGUCCAUCCCGGUGCAGCCCAGUCCGGAUGCUGCUGACCGGGGACCGAGCAGCGCCGUGAGCCGCAGGUGCCCGCAUGGCCCCCCGCGGGAUGCGGCCCGGGACGCCCUUCCUCCGCCUCCUCCUCCUCCUCACCGCCACCGGGAGCCGCGCGGGCGUGGUGGAGGUGGAGCGCAGCGUGACGGCCGUGCUGGGCCAGGACGUGGUGCUGCCCUGCCGCUACCGGGCGCAGGAGCAGGAGCAGGUGGUGCAGGUGACCUGGCUGAAGCGGGGCCCCGGCGGGCACAGCGCCAAGCUGGCGGUGCUGGACCUGCGGCACGGCGAGCACGUGCAGGAGCCCUACGCCGGGCGCGUGCUGCGGCGGGCGCCCGAGGCGGCGCUCGAGGACAGCGCCAUCGUCCUGCGCAACGCCGUGCAGGGCGACGAGGGCGACUACGAGUGCCACCUCAGCACCUUCCCCCAGGGCACCUUCGAGGGGCACCUCACCCUCAAGGUGCUGGUGCCACCACUGCCCAUCCUGAACCCGGGGCCGCCGCUGGAGGAGGGCCAGGGCCGGACGCUGGCAGCCUCAUGCACGGCCGAGGGCAACCCGGUGCCCUCGGUGCGCUGGGAGACAGAGGUGCGUGGCACCAACGCCACGCGGCGCUCGGCCCAUGCCCGCUCCGCCUCCGUCACCAGCGAGUUCUUCCUGGUGCCCGGGCGCAGCAUGAACGGCAAGAGCCUGACCUGCGUGGUGGCACACCCCGGCCUGGCACACGAGAAGAGGAUCACUCACCAGCUCAGCGUCGCCUACCUGUCGGACGCCUCGGUGCUGGGGCACACGGCGGAGUGGCAGGAGGGCAUGGAGGGUGCCACCCUGACCUGCCUGGGGGAUGGCAACCCCCCCCCCACCUUCAACUGGACUCGGCUGAACGCCCCUCUGCCCGCGGGGGUGAGGGCCAAGGGGGACACCCUGGUGUUCCAGCGGCCCCUGGCAGCCGCCGACGCCGGGGCCUACGUUUGCCGCGUUGCCAACCGCGUGGCUGCCAAGGAGGCGCGUGCCAACGUCAGCAUCAGGGGCAGGGAGCCAGAGGAUGAGGUUCGCAAGGUGGAUCUGGUCUCGGCCUCGGUGGUGGUGGUCGGGGUCAUCGCUGCCGUCCUGCUCUGCGUCCUGGUGGUGGUGGUGGUGGUCAUGACCCUCUACCACCGCCGCAAGACCAAACGCAUCUCCGAGAAGUACGAGGAGGAGCUGACCCUGACCCGCGAGAACUCCAUCCGCCGCCUGCACUCCGGCCACGGCGCCGACGCCCGCGCACAGCUGGAGGAGACGCUGCAGCUGCGGGCAGAGAGCCGCCAGGGCAGCCUGCGGGGGGACAGCCUGCGGGGGGACAGCCUGCGGGGGGACAGCCUGCGGGGCACCAGCAUCUGCUCUGCCAUGAGCGAGGAGCCCGAGGGCCGCAGCUACUCCACGCUGUCCACGGUGCGGGAGAUCGAGACCCAGACGGAGGUGCCGGCGGUGGCGCCGCUGCUGCCGGUGCCGGCGGGCAAGGAGCCGAAGGAGGAGGAAGAGGAGGGCGGCGGGGGCGGGGGGGGGGACCCCAUCAAGCAGGCCAUGACCCACUUCGUGCAGGAGAACGGAAUGCUGCAGGCCAAGCCCAGCACCAACGGCAUCUACAUCAACGGCCGCGGGCACCUGGUGUGAGCCGCGGGGCUGGGGGGCGCCCAGCGGACCCCCGCGGUCCCCUCGCUGCUCCCCCAGCUCUGCAGGACAGGCUCCGGUCCCCGAGCGUCACCUCGCUGCCGGCAGGGGGCCAGGGACAUGCAACCUGCCCCGGGAUGGGCUCCGGUCCCCAGCUGUCCCCUGGCUGCGGGCAGGGGGCUGGGGACAGACCCCAGGACAAGCUCCGGUCCCCAGCUGUCCCCUGGCUGCGGGCACAGGGUUUGGGGACAUUCACUGGCGGGCAGCUGGAGAGGAGGUGACAGCAGCAUCCAGGACCACC